CCAGGACCCCUGGGUACCAUGGACCACGAGGGCGAGCACGCGAGUGCUACGGCUGCCGGUGCCUUUCCAUCACAGACUGGCACUGCCCCCCAGGACCCUCUUCAUGGCACUGCCUCUACUCAAGGAUCACACCUCGCUGCCAUCCCUUCCACCAAUGAGGUAGACAUCGACGACGCGAGCGGAAUGGCAAAGCUGUCCGCCUACAACAGCCGCCGGCCAACAUUGGCGACUAAGCAGCAACAGCAACUCCCCACUCCGGUCUCUACUACUAGAAGUACACAGAUCGGAGCUUUGCAGCGCGCCUAUUCCGCCAAUGCUGCUGUCCGGCCCCAGGCAAGCUCUUCCUCGCCGCCGCCGCCCGUUAAGACAAGCGCCCGCGUGAAGGUCGAGUUUGACGACCUCUCCGAUCCCAUUGAUCUCACCGAAGAAGAUCGCAACGAUGGGUCCAGCUCUGUGGUGGGCUUUGGCGAUGGCAAGAGGAUGUGGCGAGAGGACUAUGCCGAGCGCCCUGAGCCUGUCUCCAGCCGUAGCCAAGCGAACCCCUAUCAGCAGACCAAAGUUAUCAAGACUUUGGACGACUUUGACGAAGAGUAUCCAGACAUUAAUGAGAUCGUCCCGCCCUCCUCAGCCGUCCGCUCAGCUCUCAAACGCAGCGCCACGGCGCCUUCAGUUGUGAAGACGCAUAUCUCUACCCCUUGCCCGCCCGGAACAAGCCGUGCGUUUAAGGAACCCACGGUCCAGGGCCGUGAAGCUUCUCAUGGUAGUUCUGCUGUACCCAAUCAAACCGUCCCAACCGUCCCAGCUGUCGCAGCAUCCGCUCGCAAGCGAAAGUCGCCCGCGACUGCCGAAUUCAACAGCGACGACUUUUUGGACGAGGAGGUGGACGCUUCAUGUACCCCAGCCAACAACUCGUCAAACAAACGGGCGAAGCGUGCCGAUGUUGUCUACGACUCGGAGGAUGAAUUCACCACGCCGGCCUCCCACGGAUCGCCCGACGCUCAGUCGCCCCCAGGAGUUCAAGAUAUGGAUGUGGACAUGGAGUUUUCCAUUCAGGAGACUCCCUCGAAAGCGCCGGCGCCGAUGCCUAUGGAACUCGAUAAUGUCGUCAGCAACGGGAGCAGAGCGACUGUCGGUAACACGCAGGGAUCCCAAGCCUCGGUGCCUCAGCCUGUCAGCUCGGGGCAAAACCCAGCCUCGGAGGCUUCUCUCGGCUCUGAGAUUGAGCGUAACAAGCAUACCCUGGGCUUGUUUCUUUCUCGGCCCUCGGUUUUGGAUGAGAUGCUGCAACUUGUGGACUCCCAGCUCCAGGAGAACGCAGAAGCUUUUAGGAGAUUUUUGACUCAGAGGGGGUUGAAAGAAGAGCGUAAUCAAGAGCGCGAGCGCAUCAAGAAUGCGAAAAAACCUUUGGACGAUAAGAAGAAAGCACUGCUUGCUCUCCAGGAGUCAUACGCCUCGUACAAAACGCUGAACAGUGAUCAGGAAGUCCUGGUAAACAAGAUUGCGAAGGCGUAUCGCGAUGGUAUUGACACAGAGGAGCAUGAGGAACAGCUGCUAAAACUCGAUGAAGAAAUCGAGACCGCGGAGAAAACACUCAUCGCCCACCUCAUCAAGGCUGGCAUCGAUGAUCUCGAUUUUCUUAAGAACCAAAACGACUCCAUUGCGCCUGCCGACUCUUCCCCGAGGGCACAAGCCCAUGCGGCCGAUGCCAGGACUUCUCCGAGUGAGGGACGCAUCAUUCCUGAAUGUCCUUCUUUAAUUACAGGUCCUAGUCAGGCCCAUGCCACGUCGGAAUACUCUGGUAGCCAAUCUCAGCGAGGCCCAUCCCAGUUUGCUGCUCCUCAAUUUCGACCGCCAGUUCCGCACUUCCCACCAAACCAACAACAUACUCAGUUCUCGGGAUCUCGGGUCCAGCCACCCUACCAUCAAGCUGUGCCAAGCAGCUCGAAUCACUUCGAUGUUGACGAGGACGAACUUGCUGCUAUGGAAGCAGCCUCGCAAUUUGCACCACCACGGGCGCACAACAGGACCCAAACACAGGCGGCCGAGAUAGACGAGUAUGGACAAGACGAUGUCCCGGACGAUUUGUUGCUUAGUGCAUAUGAGCAAUUUUCAGGAGGCCCGUCAGCACCCUCAGCGACUGCCGCUGUGCGAACAGCUGCCCGCUCUACGUUGUCUGAGGCCACUAGCAAUAGUGCUCCCGCACCACCCAGGCGAGCUCUUGCAAAGCUUGCACCACCUGUGGUACGGAAGACUGCCAUUCCGCCUGAGCUCCUGCAGUUCCCCUGGUCUGCAGAUGUCCUUCGAGCUCUGAAAGACCGCUUUCGGCUCGUCAACUUCCGCCAUAACCAGCUCCCAGCCAUCAAUUGCACUCUUGCCGGAGAGGAUGCCUUUGUCAUGAUGCCGACAGGAGGUGGAAAAUCGUUGUGUUAUCAACUUCCCGCGGUUGUUCAAAGUGGAAAAACAAAAGGUGUUACCAUUGUGGUGUCACCUCUCCUCAGUUUGAUGAGUGACCAAGUUGAGCACAUGGAAAGGAUCAAUAUCCUGGCUGUGGCGUUCAAUGGAAACCUGGCGGCAGCUCACAAACGACAUAUACUGGGGAAACUCAACCACGAGACACCGGAAAAUUUCUACCAGCUGCUCUACGUUACCCCGGAGAUGCUCGCCAACGAGAACACCCAGAUCCGGCGCGCACUUAAGAUGCUGCACCAGAGAGGCAAGUUUGCUCGUUUGGUCAUUGAUGAAGCCCAUUGUGUCAGUCAGUGGGGUCAUGAUUUUCGUCCCGACUACAAAGCUUUGGGCGAGUUCCGAAAGCAGUUCCCAGGUGUCCCGGUGAUGGCCUUAACCGCCUCGGCAACCGAGAGUGUUCGGAAAGAUGUUCAGCAUCAGCUUGGAAUGACAGGCUGUAAACUCUUCACGCAGAGCUUCAACCGGCCCAAUCUCUAUUAUGAGGUCUUUCCCAAACCCCCAACUUAUGUCGACCCGCUCGGCAGUUUGAUCGCCACCAGAUACAAGAAUCAAACCGGCAUCAUCUACACGACGUCCCGCGCUUCUUGCGAGGGCAUUGCUGGGAAGCUUGUGGAGAAGUAUGGCAUCAAGGCAGCGCCGUACCAUGCCGGAUUGGACGACAGGCCGGAGAUUCAGCGGAAGUGGCAGGAUGAUGAAAUUCACGUCAUUGUUGCCACGAUAGCCUUUGGCAUGGGAAUUGACAAGCCAGAUGUGCGUUUUGUCAUCCACGUCUCUCUUCCAAAAACCAUGGAAGGGUACUAUCAGGAGACCGGGCGCGCUGGGCGUGAUGGGAAGCCUGCCGACUGCAUCCUUUACUUUUCCUACGGCGACGUGACCAGUCUGAGGCGCAUGGUGCAAAAAGAUGAGCUUGAUAAGGACGGCAAGCACGUGCGGUCACAGGCUGAGAAGGACAAGCAGCUGGAGCUGCUGGAUAGGAUGACGUUUUAUUGUCUGAACACGACUUCUUGUCGUCGGACGCAGCUGCUGGGGUAUUUUGGGGAAGACUUCAAUGCUGCCAACUGCAACAAGCAGUGUGACUUUUGCCUUCUCGGCGAGAGAGUCACUCUUAAGCAGGUGGACCGCACUGACUGGGCCAAGGCUAUCAUUGACUUGAUUCCUGGCAUGGGUGCCAAAGGCGGCUCUAUUGGUAAACUCGCUUCCGCUAUGGCCGGGCGAGAUAAGAAGAACUACCAACACCUGCCAGGCUUCGGCGUAGCACCCGGCAUCAAAAACACAGCCAUCUAUCCUGUCAUUAUCGAGAUGGAGAGGGUGAAGAUAAUUCAUAGCACAGCGGAGACGAGCGCAAACGGCGGUCUUAAUCUUUACUACCACGUCUCCAAGGAGAAUUUCAGACACUUCUGGUCCAGCGGGACAAGACUGACCAUCUUGAUGCCCGAGCAGGAUCUUUUCUCCCGCAAGUGCCUGGUCAAAUCCGAAGCAAUGGUUCGAGCACCGCCCUCUACCAAUGUGUCGUCGCCUGUUUCUGCACCAGCGAGAAAGCGGCUGGCGCCUCAGCGGGGUCGACAGUUCAUUGAUGAUGAGGCCGAAGGAGAUUUUGGAGACGAACUCGGUUCCGGUGAUGAAGACGAAGAUAUCCAAGACCACAGGCCGCGACAUGCCAAUGGCUAUGCCAAGGACAAUUUCGUGGUAUCCGACUACGAGGAGGAAGUGGACUUUGACGCCGCCGCCCCAUCUCGUCAUCAUCGCACUGCUACACGGCAUCAGCAGACCCUGGAUGCGCUUAGGCCAUUUGAUUUCUCUCAACUGGACCAGGUCCAUCAAGUUAUCACAGAUCAUUUCCUUUUUGAAGCGAAGCAGCUUGAGAUUCAGAUUAGGGCCGAGACAAACCAUAUUCGCCCCUUUUUCACGGAUCAACAGUACCGUGAAAUGAUCGCUCGUUGGACAACGACUCCGGCCAAGAUGUACACCAUCCGCGGCGUCACUCCUGACAAAGUAGACCAGUGGGGUUCUCACUUUGUGCCCCUGAUUCAACAGCUGCACCAACAGUACCAGGAGAUGAUGAGCAACCAGGAUCCCAGCAGAAACCAGUAUUCUGGCGCUGCCACAAUCGCCCCCAAUGCUCAUAUAAGGAAGAAGGGGAAUCGAGAUGUCAUUGUGAUCAGUGAUGGAGAGGAGGAGUUUGGUGACUUUGACGACGAGGAAGAUAUGGCGAGCGGAUCACGGUAUGGCGCUGGCGCUCCCUAUGUGAACCCCGAGGUGGCAGCCUUUCAUCGAGAGCUUAAAGCAAUGCAAAGGGAAGCUGAUGCUGAGAGACUUACCAAAGCCGCCUCUAACUCUCAGCAUCAAGGUUCUGGCUAUGGUAGCAGAAGCGGUGGCGGGUCCUACUACAAGAAGAAAGGUGGACGGGGCAGCAACGGAUACAACCGCAAUUCAGGAGGUGUAAGCAAGCGUGGAGGUUCUUCAGCCAAAUCGGCAGGUGGCAGCAGAAGCAAGGGCUCGUCUUACCCUCGGGGUGGAGGCGGAGGUGGAAUUUCGGCCAUGCCUCGUUAA